AUGGCUCAAUCCCCGUUCGAAGUCAAGGUUGUUCCAACCAAGGAGGAAUAUUCUCGCCUUGUCGACGUCCUAUGGGCGGCGAAUUUCAAUCCAUACAACCCUGUUUUCACGGCUGUCCACCCAGUAAGCGGCCAUACUCGCGAAGACCGCGCCCGAGAUAAAGCCCUCGACGCCGAAAUCCGCUGGGAUAUGAGUCAGGCAAAUCCCUACUCACACCUGAUAUACGUGAUCGAUAAAGCAACGGGAGAAGUGGCAGGGGGCUGCGAGUGGUUUAUUUUCCACAAAAACCCCUUCCCGAACGGACCGCAGCCUGUCAAGUGCACCUGGUAUCCUGAGGGGUCAGAGCGUGCCGAGUACGCAGAGUGUAUGCUCUCCCAGGCGUUUUUUCCACGGCAAUCUUGGUUUCAGCGCCCACAUGCCGGUGUCAAUGCCAUGGGCGUCCACCCGAAGUAUCGACGAUGCGGCGUUGGGCGACUGCUUAUGGAGUGGGGACACGCAAUAAUUGAUCCUCUGGGAUAUGAGAGUUUCAUUGAAGGCAGUCCGAUAGGACGCUGGUUGUAUGAGGAGUAUGGGUAUCGGCGAGUGAUGGGGCUGCAUGUCGAUCUUGAUAAGCCAAAGCCAAGUGAUGAAUGGCUGCGAUUAGUGCACGAGUGCAAGCCGCCUGGUAUUCUGCUUCUUUGGAGGCCACCUCGAGGGGAAUGGACCGAAAAGGUCCCUUCUGGCCCUUGGGCAGUGUCUGACAUGACUUUCAAGCAGCAUCUAUAG